CUACAACCUUCCUUUCUGCAAAUCUCUGAACCAUCGCAAUCAUGGCCUGGCGUCCGCGUCCCCCAACCGUAGCCACCACCGCUGCCGAAAGCACCUUCCGUGUAGACGAGGAGGACGAGGAGGAGGUGUUCAACGGGAUUGAAAUCAGAAUGACCAACAACGGGUUCUACCCCUCUCACGUCGUCACGACGGUGGGAACGACGAUCCGCAUCAGGUGGGAAAUGGAUCGGAAGCAGCGACUAGCGGAAGUGACCGCCGCCAAUUCCUGCCGGUUUACCAACCGCCUAAUCCUGCACGCGAGGGGCCGGGGCUACGCCCACUGGAUAACUCUAGAUGGGCGCCAUGAACAUAACUACAUGGCAUUCACGGGCACAACGGCCCGGCCCAACGCAACCGCAUGGUUGACCAUCGUGGCGAAGAGCGACGAUGAGGAAAACGAGGAGGACUACGUCGACCCACCGCCCCAGGUCGCAGCAGGACCUCGGGCGCGUCGGGCGCUGGUGGAAAACGGACCACUUAUGCAGAGUACACCCCUCCGCCCCGUGCCUGGCCCCAUCCGAGUCGCGGGAGUCCUCGUCGCGUUGCCGGAUCCCCGCGCAUUCCAGACGCAAGUAGCGACCGACGGCGAAGAUGAACAACGACCGGUCGAGGAAACCCCAAGGGCCUGCACCUGGCGCGGAACGCCUUUCUCUCUCUUCCUCGGGAAGAGGCUGGUACCAUGGAUGAUGCUGCUCGGCAUGUGUGGGAAACGUCGUCUUCCGCCCAGUAGCAGUGCUGGUCCCAAGCAGGGUCCUUCAAGCACUCCCAAGACCGAAAAAGCGGCCGGCGCUGCCCCUGUACAUGCCUGGGAGACGCCGACCGCACAGUCCUCAUCCGGCGGUAUCACCAGGCCCACUAACCGGAUGUGCAAAGUCUCAGUAUUUCCAGCAUGCUUACAACCACCACCCACGAGACCGCGCCCUCAUCCUUCCUCUCCACCGGGAAUGGGAGGGGAUGCGCGUGCGUCCGGUCGCGGACGAAGGAUCAUUCGCGUGGCCUCCGGGUGCGGUGGAUUUCGGGGCGAUGUCGGACGGCUUGACGGAUCGACCGAGGCUGGUGGUGGCGCACACGUCGUCGGAGGAUCUGUUCACGCUGACCCUGCUUCUGAGGGGAGCGGUCCCCAGAACGUUGGUCUUCCGCGGGGGGGGGGACCCAUCCUCGAUGAGGGCGAUGAGUUGGUCUUCCGCGGGGGGGGGGGACCCAUCCUCGAUGAGGGCGAUGAGUUGGUCUUCCGCGUUGGUAGGGGGGGACAAGCCAUGGAAGGACGCGUAACCAUCACGCGCAAGUCACGGCGGACGGCUCGACGACCCCCUCUCAUUUGGGGAAAAACAUUUGUGGGGGGGGGAUGGGGAGACCUCGCCCUCAUCCGUCCUCUCCACGGGGGUGGCUCCCCUCAGCGGAGCGCCGAUCGACAUCGCCGCCCUCGUCAUUGGGGUGCUUCCCACCGCCAACCCCAUCUCCCGCCGCCAGCGCCGUCCGCCGCCCGACAACGGCACCAUCAACCGCCGAACCCCGCCGACUCGCCCGGAAUCACUCCGCCCCUCUCCCACUCCCCUCCCACCAGCCCUCCACCGUUGAUUGAAGCGACGCCGCUGAAGGAUUGCUGUGGUGGUGCGGUGUUUCACCAUCCGGCCCAAAGAUCACAUCUUCGUCUCGCCCUGGCCAGGGUCCAUGCAUCCUCCACAGAAGCACGACAACGCCGAGACCCACGCAACACCUUCCCACGCGGCCACAUCGCUCGAGCCGCCCAAACACUUUCUUCCAUCAACAUCCACAAAGAAGGCGAGCAAGCCGCCGCCGAGGCCGCAGCCGCGGUCGCCACAUCCGCUCCUCCACCAUUCACAUUUGGAGCCACGGCAGCAAGCAGCUCGUCCACUGGCAUCGCUGCCGAUAUGACCGCCAAACCGGGUUUCCCAAGCCUCGGCAUCAGCGUGCCAUCCACUACCACAACGGAAGCAUCCAAACCUGCUGCUGGUACAAGUGUGGAAGAAGAGGAGGACGAAGAUCUCUUGAUGAUGGAGAUGGCGAUGAGGGUGUCGGCGGCGGGGGCAGACGGGGAUUUUGGACUGCAGCUAGCGCUUGCUCUCAGUACGGCGGAAUAUGAAGAACCCUCGGUACCGUGCACUCUCUGCCGGACCUUGCCGCCACUGCCUCGCUGCACCCUGUCCAAGACGAUCCUUCGAAUCACGAGGCUUACGGACCUUCCGAUGUUAAGAGCAUUGGAAGGAAUAUUUCCCGACACUUCCAAUUGGGGCAAUGCUCGUUCACACACUGCUCGCACCGCUGUAUACGCGGCGAAAGCGGCUUUCUGUGACGAUAUCAGCGUUGGAGACCGAGUGGCAGAGGGUACCUCGGAUGGGGAUACGGGGAUGCGAUACUCAUCCUCGAGAGUAACGCACGCACUCCCGGUUUCUGGUCAAGCUCGCAUAGAUAGAUUGAGAGUAUACUGUUUCACCUUCCCCGCCCGCCCCAUUUGUUCAUACGAGGAUUUACAUAGUAUUCCUGCGAUCCCCGCCUCAUUCAUUCCCUUUGUAUGAUCGAGAAAAAUAACAUCGGGCGCGUUGGACUCGGUUCGAUUACGAUGGUGGGCUUGAAAGCGACGUGGGUCCGUAACAGGCAGUAAAACUUUGGACUGAUAUGAGGAGGCGGGCACCGGUUAUGGGCUGCUUAAAUUUGGAGCCAAAAAGUGGGCGGGGCGGAGAGGUUGGGGUUCGGGAAGGAUUAAGGCAUGCCAACGUUUUUGUGUGCAAUAACCGUAACCCUAACCCUAGCCCCUUUC